UCUCUCUGGUCUUUCCUUUUCUCUCGUGGCAGGGCUGUGCGUCAGUUUCUGAAAAGUGGGGACAUUUCCUGCCGCCUUUGCAACACUGCGAAGCUGUCUUAAGGGAGGCUGGGCCCCAUUGGAGAGCCAGGCCGGGAAGUGAAGGCCUGGGGCCGCCCAGCUGGGAGAGAGCCCCCCACCCUCUCCCUGUCUCCUGCCGGCUCGCAGCCUCCUCUUCCCCGGACACACCAUGUCCCUGGCUGAGGCCAUCAGACUCUGGAAUGAAGGGGUGCUGGCAGCCGACAAGAAGGACUGGAAGGGAGCCCUGGACUCCUUCUCCGCAGUCCAGGACCCCCACUCCAGGAUCUGUUUCAACAUCGGCUGCAUGCACACAGUCCUGGGAAACUGGGCAGCAGCAGAGAAGGCCUUCUCCAGAACCAUUAACCGAGACAAACACUUGGCAGUGGCCUACUUCCAGCGAGGGAUGCUCUACCACCGGAUGGAGAAGUAUGAUUCAGCCAUUACAGACCUGAAGGAGGCCUUGGCUCAGCUCCGGGGCAACCAGCUCAUAGACUACAAGAUCCUGGGGCUGCAGUUCAAGCUGUUUGCCUGUGAGGUGUUAUAUAACAUUGCUUUCAUGCACGCCAAGAAGGAGGAAUGGAAAAAGGCCGAAGAACACUUAGCACUGGCUAUGAGCAUGAAGUCUGAGCCGAGACAUUCCAAAAUUGACAAAGCCAUGGAGUGUGUGUGGAAGCAGAAGCUGUACGAGCCGGUGGUGAUCCCUGUGGGCAGGCUCUUUCGACCAAAUGAGAGGCAGGUGGCCCAGCUGGUGAAGAAGGAUUACCUGGGCAAGGCUACGGUGGUGGCUUCUGUGGUGGAUCAAGACAGCUUCUCGGGAUUUGCCCCUCUGCAGCCGCAGGCAGCGGAGCCUCCACCCAGACCCAAAACCCCCGAGAUCUUCAGGGCCCUGGAAGGGGAGGCGCACCGUGUGCUGUUCGGGUUUGUGCCCGAGACACCAGAGGAGCUCCAUGUCCAGCCCGGGAACAUCGUCUUUGUCUUGAAGAAGGGCAGUGACAACUGGGCCACGGUCAUGUUCAACGGGCAGAAGGGGCUUGUUCCCUGCAACUUCCUCGAACCCGUGGAACUGCGGAUCCAACCUCAGCAGCAGCCCCAGGACGAUGCCUCCCCGGAGUCCGAUAUCCCAGCUCCGCCCAGUUCCAGUGCUCCAGGAAGACCCCAGCUGUCACCAGGUCAGAAAGAAAAUGAAGAGCCCAAGGAAAUAAAGCUCAGUGUUCCCAUGCUCUACACACUCAAGGUGCACUACAAGUACACGGUGGUCAUGGAGACCCAGCCCGGACUCCCCUAUAGCCAGGUGCGGGACAUGGUGUCGAAGAAACUGGAGCUCCCGCCAGAACACACCAAGCUGAGCUAUCGGCCCGGGGACAGCCAGGAGCUAGUACCCCUUUCGGAGGACAGCAUGAAGGCUGCCUGGGGCCAAGUGAGAAACUACUGCCUGACUCUGUGGUGUGAGAACACAGUGGGUGACCAAGGCUUUCCAGAUGAGGCCAAGGAAAGUGAGAAAUCGGAUGCCAAUAGCCAGACAUUGGAACCUCAGCUGAAGGAAGGGAGCCAAGUGGUAGCGAUCUUCAGUUACGAGGCUACCCAGCCAGAAGACCUGGAGUUCCUGGAAGGGGACAUAAUCCAGGUUGUGUCCAUGGUGAACGACGAGUGGCUGGAAGGGGAGUGCAAAGGGAAGUUUGGCAUUUUCCCCAAGGCUUUUGUUGAAGAACGUGCAGCCACAGACCUGGACAGCACUCCCAGGGGAGUCUAGGAUGCCUCACAACCUAUGGAGCGGGAGGAAAAAACUACCAUCUCAUUUGUAAGGUUUAGGACGCCUCUGUGGUACACGGUCCAGUGUUAACUAAUCUACUUUCCCGUUAGACAAUGAUGUGAGAAUUUAGGAUUAUGAACACCUUGGGGUGGGGCAGGCGGGGGGAGGGGGGAGUGGUUGGAAGUGUCUGGAAGGGCACGAGGGGGCGUCCCAGGUGCUGUUUUUUGCUCAGAGUACAGCUACCCAGAUGUGUUCACUUUGUGAAAAAUGCACUGAGUUGCAGUUAUCAUUGUUGCACUUCUCUGUUAUGUGUGAUAGAAAUAAAAACCCAAGACACUCAGAAUGCAGGCCUAAGGCCUAACUGUAAAUAAUUAUUCCUGUUCACCAUCAGACAGACUACUGGGGCCUGACUAACCUACAGGUAAUUCAGGAGGCACGCGCACAAAAUUAACUUUUAAGUCUCGUUGCUAGACUGAGUUUCCCAUGGAAUGACUAGAAUUACAUCCCUUCACGUUUUCUCAGAGAAACACUUAAGAGCUUAAUAGGAAAAUUUGCCACUGAGACUUAACUGAAGAAAAGAAGCCACGUUCAGGCAGCCAGUUGGUUAACAGUAUCCUAUUAACAUUCCGUACAACGAUAGAAUGCUGUGGCCUUACCUUGGUUAUCAUGUAAACCAGUGGCCUGUUUUUCAGGGUUAACUUGAAGGAUUCCAUAGAUACUAGGCCUGGCCUUAAUCCGCCCAUUUCUUGUGAGUAUAAUUUUUUGUGCUUCUCUCCUGCCCCUUCCUGUGUCCAUAAUUUAAUAAUUUUUCAAGUGUGUAGGUGAGGUACAGACAGAAUCAACACCUAGGGCGGAAGGCCCAGCAGGCUGCCACUGGACAUUUUGGACACAACUUGAAGAAAUGCAACCCCAAAGCUAAGAAUAAUUAUUAAUUACUGUUGCUGCCAGUCAGGCGUAGUGACUUCUAUAGUGAAUUGCCUUACUAACAGAGAGACUAGGGAUAAAACUGGUGGAUAUGUUAACUCCUUUGCAUAAGUAUUCUUUAUUUAUUAAAUAAAAGAAUUUGAUAGUUUCUUUCUACUCAUCCCUUUCCAUACUAAUGCAUGCUGGUUUGGAAAGCUACUAAAAGCAAAAGUAACCCUGAAGCAUAUCCAACUUCUGACCACCUCUGCUUUCCUCUAUAUGACUUCUGAGUCGUUCCCAAGUCUUGAUUUUAGGGUAGAAAAGAAACCAUCUGUACACAGAUCUGGUUGGAGAGAACAUGGUUUAAUUAAAGGCAAAGCUGAUUUCAGCAGCUGCAGGUCUUGCACAGAC